AGUAUGUUUCGUGUUUUUGAUGCAGCGGCAGAGGAGUGGCGCAGCAGCGGAUGCAGUGACUCCCGUCGAACCGAGGGGGCGCUAAUGAGUGCAAACAUGGCUGCCCAGGAUGAACUCAAUCAACUGGAACGCGUGUUCCUUCGCCUGGGCCAUGCAGAAACCGACGAACAGCUACAGGACAUUAUUUCCAAGUUCCUUCCUCCUGUGCUCCUCAAACUCUCCAGCGUUCAGGAGGGUGUGCGAAAGAAAGUUAUGGAGUUGUUAGUUCACCUGAACAAGCGAAUAAAAAGUCGACCUAGGAUUCAGCUACCCGUAGAAACCUUGUUGGUACAGUAUCAAGACCCUGCAGCCGCCUCUUUUGUCACAAAUUUCACUAUCAUCUACAUCAAAAUGGGUUACCCACGUCUGGAGGUGGGCAAACAGUGUGAGUUGGCCCCAACCCUUCUCACUGCCAUGGAAGGCAAGCCACAGCCACAGCAGGACAGUCUCAUGCAUCUGCUGAUUCCUACUCUUUACUACAUGAAGUAUCCUGCUGACACCUCCAAGAAUGCCUCUUCAUUCAACCUAAGUGAAAGGCCUAAGACAGUGCAGAUGCUGCUGGAAUUCAUGUUGGAUGUUUUGCUGAUGCCUUACGGGUUUGUGCUUAAUGAAUCCCCAACUCGCCCUGCUCCUUCUUCCUCCCAGAGCAGUUCAGCAGAUGGGACAGUGGUCGCAGGUGGGCAGGGACUCCCCCAGCCUCCCCCAGGGAUGAGUGUCUAUGCUGCCAAGAGGGUGAUUGGAGAGGCUCAGUGGAGUGCUGAGCAAUUAGAGCAGUGUAAGCUGGGCAUUGUGAAGUUUAUAGAAGCAAAGCAAGUUCCAGAAGUGGAGACAGUGAUUCACCUGGUUGUGGCAUCUAGCGACACUCGACACAGUGUGGCCACAGCAGCUGAUCUGGAGCUAAGGAGCAAACAGAGCAUCAUUGACUGGAACAGUCCUCUCAUUAUAAACAAGUUGUACAAGGUGUACUUGGGGGAUGUUCCGCUUAAGACAAAGAGUGGUAAUUUGAAGCAAGAGUUCAAACAUGAGCCAGUCAGCACCAGAGUCAAACUGAAAAUCCUGCCACAUCUUCUGCGGUCACGACUAGCUGCAGAGUGCUUUCCAGCUAAUAUCCAGGUGGUUUAUGAUGGCCUGUUUGGAACCAACACCAACAACAAAUUGCUGUCUCUCACGCUGCAGUUUGUCCAUCACAUCUGCAUGGUAUGCCCUGACACAAAUAAACCUUUGGGACUAAUGCUACUUAACGGUCUUACCAAACUCAUCAAUGAAUACAAGGAGGAUCCUAAGUUACUGUGUGUGGCCUACUCUGCUGUUGGAAAGCUAUCGAGCCGAAUGCCGCAGCUAUUCACAAAGGAUAUUGCGCUUGUGCAACAGUUUUUUGAAUCAAUGUGCAAGGAGGAGCCUGAUGUUCGUCUUGCUAUUCAGGAAGCUUUGUCUAUGAUGGUUGGAGCUUAUGCUAACCUUCAGGGGGCUCUGUUGAACCUGAUGGAGGCCCUGGUGGCUGCAUACAUUGGAAAACCGGAGGUGCAAGUACGUCAGGUGGCUCUGAAGUUUGCCAGCACAGUGUUUGCUCCUGAUCAUGUGCCAUCAAGAUACCUGCUUCUGUUGGCUGCUGGGGACCCGAGGGAGGAAGUGGCAGGGGAGGCCCAGAGGGUACUAAGAGCUUUUCCUACUCAAAGUUCAGAGAAGGAGGGACCAAAGCCAAUCCCUUCUUUUCCUGACAUGGUGGCAUACGUGCAGGAAAAGGCAGCUCAGAGGAUCAAAACACCAGCAAAGUACAUUGUUGGAACCUCCACUAUUGCUUUCAACCCAUCUGCGUUUGCAGAGAUCGUGCUCUACCUACGCAUGUGUUUAGCUCACAGUGCCGGAGUCACACACAUGUCCACACGCCUUGCAGACAUGCAGGAUGAUGCACCGGCCAUCGGUCGCUACAUCCACACACUACUUAAUUCUGAUCCUCAGUCUUCAGUCUCAAAAAGCUCUGAGGCAAAUCCUGUCCAUGUCUACAUGGAUCUGCUGCAGCAGCUUCUGUCUGCUGUAGGAGGAGUCCCUGUUAUGUAUUGCCUGUUGGAGGUGGUGUCUGUCUGCCCACAGAAACUGGCUUCCAGAUUUGUUGAAAAAAUUGACUGGAUCAAAAGUCUGAUGAACACAAAUAAGGAGGACAUGAGGGAGUUGGCAGCCCAGUUGUAUGCUGUAGUGGUUUCCACCAUGACAGGCAAUGAGCUACAGGCAGCCGUGCAAAACCUGAUUAAAAUCACCAAAGACAACCACAGUCCCGAGACUCAGCAUGGGGCCAUCAUGGCUUUGGGCUAUAUGGUGGGAAGGUACAUGAGCAAGAAGAAAGCAGCCACCUCUGGUGACUCUACCCACGACAAGGGGCAGCAAAUGAACAUUUCCUCCAAAGAGGAUGAUGAACUUGUUGCCAUGGCAACCAAGACAAUUGGGUCUUUCUUGGACAACAGUAGUUCUUUGCUCUCUGUAGCAGCCUGCACAGCUGUGGGAGAGGUUGCGAGGAAUGGUACUUUACUGAUCCCUGCAGAGGGUGAGGGCUUCACUAAACUCUCCAUUGUUGAAAACCUGCUGGCCCGCAUCACUUCUGGCAAGGAGAGCACAAAGAUGAAGGAGCGAUCGAUUCAAACGCUGGGCUAUCUGCCAGUGGGAGAUGGAGACUUCCCUCAUCAGAAGAAGUUGUUGCAGGGACUCAUGGACUCUGUAGAGGCCAAACAAGUGGAGCUGCAGUUUACAGUUGGAGAAGCUAUCACUAGUGCUGCAAUAGGCACCAGCUCUGGAGCUGCUAGAGACCCAUGGACCUGCACUGAGGACCAGUACACCCCACCACAUAAUGUAAAAAACAAUGAUGUGGUUCCUUGGGUCCUCAACUCUGUCCUAUCCAAAUACAUACCCAGCCAGAACCCACAUGUCCGGCAGGCAGCCUGCAUAUGGCUCCUCUCCUUGGUCAAGAAAUUUAGCCAACACAAGGAAAUUACAUCACAUUUAAGAGAGAUUCAGGUGGCAUUCAUCUCCAUUCUCUCAGACCCAGAUGAGUUGAGUCAGGAUGUGGCAUCUAAAGGCCUGGGUCUGGUGUAUGAGAUGGGAGGAGAGAGUGACCAGCAGGAACUGGUGUCAACCCUAGUAGAAACACUUAUGACUGGCAAAAGAGUGAAACAUGCUGUCUCUGAAGAUACACAAGUGUUUCAAGGAGAAGGUUUGGGGAAAACACCUGAUGGCCACGGCCUCUCCACGUACAAGGAGCUCUGUUCAUUAGCCAGCGACCUGAACCAACCAGAUCUCGUUUACAAGUUUAUGAAUCUGGCCAAUCACCACGCCAUGUGGAAUUCCCGCAAGGGAGCAGCUUUUGGGUUUCACAUGAUUGCUGCCAAAGCUGGAGAGCAGCUGGCUCCAUUCCUGCCCCAGCUUGUGCCUCGCCUCUAUCGCUAUCAGUUUGACCCCAACCUGAGCAUUCGCCAGGCUAUGACCAGCAUCUGGGAUGCGUUGGUCACUGAUAAGACCAUGGUGGAUAAGUAUCUUAAGGAGAUCCUGAAGGAUGUAAUUUCUAAUUUGACCAGUAAUAUCUGGAGAGUACGCGAGUCCAGCUGUCUGGCCCUAAAUGAUUUAGUCAGAGGCCGCCAGGCUGAUGACCUCAUUGAGCAUCUUGCUGAAAUGUGGGAGACACUGUUCAGAGUCCUUGAUGACAUUAAGGAGUCUGUGAGAAAAGCUGCAGAUCUAACGUUGAAAACUCUCAGCAAGGUGUGUAUUCGGAUGUGUGAGUCCACAGGGUCUGCAGCUCAGAGAACUGUGGCGAUACUAUUGCCUACCCUGCUGGAAAAGGGCAUUGUUAGUAAUGUUGUAGAGGUCCGGUCACUCAGUAUCCAGACUCUUGUGAAGAUUAGCAAGUCAGCUGGUGCUAGAUUGAAGCCUCAUGCUGCCCAACUUAUCCCAGCCCUGCUGGAGGCCCUCAGCACCUUGGAGCCUCAGGUCCUCAACUACCUCAGCCUCAGAGCCACAGAGCAAGAAAAGAGUGCCAUGGAUGCUGCUAGACUAAGUGCUGCCAAGUCCUCUCCAAUGAUGGAGACUAUUAAUAUGUGUCUGCAGCACCUUGAUGUUUCCGUGUUGGAAAAGUUGGUUCCACGACUCUGUGAGCUGCUGAAGAGUGGAGUGGGCUUGGGUACCAAGGGUGGCUGCGCUAGUGUAAUUGUGUCCCUUACAGUACAGUGUCCUCAGGACCUCACCCCAUACUCAGGUAAAUUAAUGAGUGCUCUCCUGAGUGGUAUCCAUGACAGGAGCACUGUUGUUCAGAAAGCAUUUGCCUUUGCUCUCGGGCACCUAGUCAGGACAGCAAAAGACAGCAGCGUGGAGAAACUACUACAAAAACUAAAUACCUGGUACUUGGAGAAAGAGGAGCCAGUGUACAAGUCAUCUUGUGCGCUGACUCUGCAUGCCAUCAGCCGCUACAGUCCUGAUGUGUUGAAGGGCCAUGCAGGAGUGGCGCUCCCAUUGGCUUUCCUGGGAAUGCAUCAGGCACCAGGUCCGGAUGAGGAGAAAGGAGAAAGUCAUGAUGCCACACUCUGGUCUGAGGUGUGGCAGGAGAAUGUCCCAGGAAGUUUUGGGGGCAUCAGACUCUAUAUGACGGAGCUGAUUACUAUUACACAAAAAGCGCUGCAGUCCCAGUCCUGGAAGAUGAAGGCUCAGGGUGCAGCUGCCAUGGCAACUGUUGCUAAGGAACAGACCGGCUCAUUGGUGGCACCACACCUUGGCAUGGUGCUAAAUGCUUUAAUACAGGGACUGUCUGGACGCACAUGGGCCGGCAAGGAGGAGCUGCUGAAGGCCAUUGGAUCUGUAGUCUCCAAAUGCGGUGCUGAGCUGCAGAAGCCUUGCACCAGUCAACCAACCAUCUCUGAGGUGCUGGAGGUUGUUUUAAAGGAAUGCCGUAAAGAGAAUGUGCUGUAUAAAAUGGCCGCUCUGCGCUGUGCUGGAGAAGUGCUUCACAGCAGCCAGGAGGACCGUUUCAGCGACAUAGCAGUGAUCAUUUUUCCAAUAAUCAAGAAGAGCUGUCCUCAAAGUGGUGGUGCUGCAUCUCCUAGAUCACUGGAGGACGAUGAUGAGGAUUUAGACGCGAAGGAGAAAGCACUGCAGACUGAAGCUCUGCUCUGCGCUUUAGAGACACUUGGGAAGACUUGGCCCAGGAACCCACAAACACAGGCCCAUUUUCAGGUGGAGGUGUGUGGUCUAAUGUGCGAGAAGCUCAAACUAAGCACAUGGAAAGUCCAGCUUGCUGUUCUACACGCCAUGAAGGCGUUUUUCCAGGGAUUAUUGCUGCUGGAGAAGGGCAAUAAAGAUUCCAAUGCACUGUCACAGAUUCUCACAGAGACAUGCGCUGCUCUCACAUACCCUUUAGAAAACAAAAGCUACUCGUCUGUCAGGACAGAGGCUUUGUCAGUUGUGGAUCUGAUUGUAAAGCGAACUGGAGAGAGUGAACAGUGGGACUGUGUGUCUGUGAAGAGCCGAGAGCAGCUGCAGCGCUCGCUGUCCACCCUUCAGUCCGACAGCAGACCUGACCUGAGGGAUAAGGCUCAGGAGCUCCGCAGACACAUCCAGAGUCAACCUUGAGCGCACGCUUUGCUCACAGAGCCGGACGAUUACGUGCACACAGAGUACAAUAAAUUCAACUUCUUAUAACUUUGUGUUCACGUAAGUGUUUUGUUUUACCAUAAAGACGUUGGUGCACUCGUCUCCCGUCUCAUCUCUUUGGUACUGCAGUUUUCUCUGGUUCACAUCUGUGGCUCAAAGUUUAGCGACUGAGCCCAUUAUAACCAGUUGGAAUGAAUAAAACUAUGGUAAUGUGUCAAGUUUUAUUUAGUUCAUUUAAAUGGACCGAUACUGGUAAUGCUAUAUAAACCAAUGUGUUGGCUUUGUGGACACGAUAUACCUGUAGCCCCAAAAUGGGGACUUUUUACUACUGUGGAUGUGCCUAUUCAAACUGUCAGAACAGCAACAUAGAUGUGUGACUGGUCAAAUGAACAACUGUCUGGAAAAUAAAUAAAUGCUAAGAUUUUAGGUUAAAAGUAAUAAAGUUGUAUGAAUUUGUUCCUGAUAAAAAUAAAACUAUUGGUAAUUUGGA